CAUUAUCAAAUAUCAUUCCAAUUUCCACCCCACCAUCAAAAUUUCUUCACUUAUAAUCUUAAAGCUUCCAUAUUUCUCUGUCUUCCCUCUUCCUCCUUUUUCGCUCAUCUCGAUCCAUCUUUCAUCAUUCAUACAAGGUACAAAUUUUUGAUAAAACUGGUAUAUGGAAUGUGAAUUUUGGCAUUUUUGGUGGUUUUAGGGCCUAAAUUUGAGAUGGGAUCAUCAAUUUUGAUCUUAAAACCUUGGAGAUUAACUAGAAUUUGUGGUUCAUUGUAAGAACCCUUGUAAUAUGGAACAUAUGGCUACAAAAGGAGCCUUCUCAAUCAAAGUGGAUAGUAAUUUACAUGGUUUUGCCUAUGCAUUGAAAACAGCUGCUUGUGAGUGGCUAUUGCUGUUUCUUUUGCUACUUGACGCGGCCUUUUCGUAUUUCUUAACAAAAUUUGCCGAGUAUUGUGAGUUGCAAUUGCCUUGCAUAUUGUGCUCUAGGCUUGAUCAUAUUUUGGGAAAAGAAAAGCCUGAUUUCUAUAGAAAUCUUCUUUGUAGUAACCAUAAAUUGGAGAUAUCAUCUUUGGUUUCGUGUCAUAACCAUGGUAAGCUUGUUGAUGUUCAUGAGAUGUGUGAGGAGUGUCUAUUGUCAUUUGCAAAGAAUGUAUCAAGUGAGGAAACAUACAGAAUUUUAGUGGGUAAAUUGGGUUCAGAUUGUUUUCAAAAACCAUUACUUAGUCUGAAUUUGGGUUCUAGCUCUUUAAUUACAAAGAUUUGUUCUUGUUGUUUUAAGCCAUGGAGAUCUAGGCCAAAUGUGCAAAAGCUGGUUCAGUCAAAACCAGAACCUUUAGUUGUUUCUAAACCUGAUAUCCCUAUACCAAAAUCACCUGGACUGAGAUCUGUUAAUCACCUAGAGGGUGGGAGGAGGAGGAGGAGGGAUCGGUUUUCAGGGUCGACUACACCUCUUGUCCAUGGAAGCACCGAUUUUGAUUCAUUGUCUCAUGUGGGAUACACCGAGGUAAAGAUCAGUUCAGACUCGGACUCAGAUUUCCCAUUUUCUGACGAUGAUGACAUUAUCUCUGUCCCUCGGAACCAAAGAAAGGAUGAAUUCAUAUCCCAACAGGGUUCUAAGUUCAUCCCAAAGAGGCAAUACGACGAUGUUUUUCCUUCUGUACAAUUCCUGAAACCAAUAUCUGCCAUUAGCAAUCAUAUUGUUCCGAAUCUUGAGCCUGAAAAAGGUGAAACUACCACUCCAACAUGUUCUGUAUCUAAUGGUGAUAUAAGGCAGGGUCUUGGUGAAAUCAAGUGGUCACAAGCUAUCAAGAAAACGGGUUCUGCACCAUCCGAGUUUGUGUCAUUGGAUGAUAUUCCUCUCUCGUCUAGUGCUCCGAAGGGUUCACUUGCUGCACCAGUAGGUGAGGGUGAAAAAGAUUCUCUAUCACAGAAGUUUAGUGCUUCUGAUUAUUCAGAUUUUAUUUCUCAUAAACCUCCUUUACUAUCCAGAAAUAUGCAACUGUCUGUUAGAGCAUCAAAGGAGAAGUAUAUCGAAAUUAAGGAAAUUGGCGAUAAGCGACAUGCAUCUGCCAUGAAUAAUUGGGAAUCCAUUGAUUUGAAUAGCACCUCAACUGAUUCUAUAAAUAAAGAUGGUGCUUUCUUGUUUACUAAUAGUUCUUCCGUUGGCACAAGAGACCAUGCCUUGGAUACUCCUAAAGACGUCAAAGUUUCGAGUCCCUUAUCAGAACAACUUGGCACGAGAGCUUGUAAUGGUAUUGGACCAUCUGAGGAACCAACUUCAUCGAAAAUAUCAGACCCUCAAACAGAUUCAUCAUCUACCGAUAAAAAUCACACUGUGCACGCUGAUGAACACACUAACAAGCCACAAAAGACCGAGAGUCCUAGUUCCGAUGAAUCUCAGAUGCCUCCAAAACCCCCAACAAUGGAAAGGUCUAACUCCCUUGAAUCGCUAGAAGAAAGCGUUGGGGAAAUCGAAGGUGAAAGUAUUGUUGAUAAGUUGAGAAGACAGGUUGAAUACGAUAAGGAACUCAUUAGAAGUCUGAAUAAGGAGCUGGAUGAAGAAAGAAAUGCAGCCGCCAUUGCUGCUAAUCAAGCCUUGGCUAUGAUUACUAAGUUGCAAGAGGAAAAGGCGGCUCUUAACAUGGAGGCACUUCAAUAUCUGAGGAUGAUGGAAGAGCAAGCUGAGUACGAUGUGGAUGCGCUCGAAAAGGCUAACGACAUGAUUGCUGAAAAGGAGAAAGAAAUACAAGACUUGGAAACCGAGCUUGAUUAUUUUAGAAUAAAGUAUCCAGAAGACUUUCCAGAAAUGAACAAGGAAAUUUUGUUCGAACAGGAUGAUGCACAAGGUUCAUACAUUGAAGACCUUGAAAACGAGAAGUCUUAGUAACGAAAUUCAAUUUAAACUGCACAUCCUUAAAUGUCCAACGGGGUCUGGAAGCUCGCAGGAUCCUUGCUAGAAGCGAUAGGAGUGAAAUGUCGAAAGCAUCAGCUUGGAGUUGUCUUCAAGAAAGAGAGGAGGCCGUGCCACUUUUCACCAUGUAUUUAGAGGCUGAGAUCGAUUACCACGAUAAAGGUUUUUAGAUAAGGUAUCUGUUCAAUACCCGAUAAAAAACACUUAAAUCGAAGUCAGCAUAACCCUGUGCUAGGCUGCUAGCCUCUUGCAGCCUUAUGUUUUUCGGGGGGUGUUAUCGUCUUGCUUGGUUUCUUCUCUGAAGCAGCGGCUACAUUUCUUGUAGAUAUUCUCUGAACCGAAUGAUAUCAGACUGUAAAUUGGUUUGCAAUUUUUUGUGAUAUGUUUUUGAUUGAUUCUCGAGGUUGAAUCCAACGAGCCAACUCACACUUGCUUGCGGCUGCCUAUGAAAUUUAGGCCGAGUUGAUUGUGUCUGUUUUGUAAUCCUUUUACAGCCUAGAAAUACAACUGUUUUCCUGCUAUAAA